UGUCUGGUACCUACGCGCCUUGCAGGACCAAACCGGUUAGAUCUUUUACAGGGUCCAUCCUUGAUCCUUCUGACGAGAGGAUUGCAUAAAAGAUCAUUAGACUAAACAAGAAGUAAUCAAAGUAGAGAGAUGGCAACGAGGGGUGCAACAGAAAACUCUCUUGAGGCACCGAAGAUCGUGUGGAACGAGACUGAAAGGAGGUUCGAGACAGAAGACAAGAAGGCCUACAUAGAGUACGUGUUAAGACAAGAAGGCAAAGUGAUGGACAUCAUCCACACUUUUGUCCCAUCUUCGAAGCGGGGCAUGGGCUUGGCUUCUCAUCUCUGCGUUGCUGCCUUCAAUCAUGCCAAGUCCCACUCUUUAUCCAUUAUCCCCUCUUGCUCUUAUGUCUCCGACACUUUUCUUCCACGAAACCCGUCUUGGAAUACUCUACUGUACUCAGAGGACCUCAAAUCCAAUAUCUAAAUAGCUUCAGUAGUUGUUGUGGCUACUAAUUGUUGCAGAUACUCUACUUUCAGCUGAAUAAUAAUUUGCUGUACUUCUGGCAGAUAAUAUCUUUAUAACAAUCUGUAUCUUUGAAA